AUGGCGGACUACCAGUAUGGCGGCUCCGAGGAAGAAAACGCGGAGUUGAGAAAGCUCGAAUUGGAGCUGAUUCAUGAUCCGGACAACUUUGAAACCUGGGAAAAACUGGCUCGCGCCGCCGAGGCCCUCGAAGGCGGCAUCAAUCGCAAUUCAAACCCACAGGCAAUCACCACUGUGCGCGCUAUUUAUGACCGUUUUCUCGCCAAAUUCCCACUCCUCUUUGGCUACUGGAAGAAGUAUGCGGACCUGGAGUUCUCCAUUACCGGCACUGAAGCCGCAGAAAUGGUCUACGAACGAGGCAUUGCUAGCAUCUCCCCGUCCGUCGAUUUGUGGACCAACUUCUGCUCCUUCAAGGCAGAGACCUCACACGAUGCCGAUGUGAUUCGAGAGCUGUUCGAACGAGGGGCCAGCAGUGUCGGCCUCGACUUCCUCGCGCACCCUUUCUGGGACAAGUACCUCGAGUUCGAGGAGCGUAACGAAGCUCAAGACAAGAUCUUCGGAAUCCUUGCUCGGGUCAUCCACAUCCCGAUGCAUCAGUAUGCACGCUACUUUGAGCGGUAUCGUCAGCUGGCCCAGACACGUCCCCUGGCCGAGCUUGCAUCGGCAGAGAUGAUUACCCGCUUCCGUGCCGAGCUGGAGGCUGCCUCUCCAGAUGUGCCCCCUGCCGAACAAGAUCUCCGACUGCGCGUCGAUAGCUACCAUCUCGAGAUAUUCACAAACACGCAGACCGAAACUACCAAGCGCUGGACCUUCGAGUCAGAAAUCAAGCGUCCCUACUUCCAUGUUACUGAACUUGAUGAGGGCCAAUUGACUAAUUGGAACAACUAUCUGAACUUUGAGGAAGAGGAGGGUGCAUAUGAUCGAGUUCAAUUCUUGUAUGAGCGAGCUCUGGUCACUUGCGCUCAUUACGAUGAGUUCUGGCUUCGGUACGCUCGAUGGAUGGCUGCUCAACCGGGCAAGAAAGAGGAGGUUCGCAUCAUCUAUCAACGUGCCGCAUAUCUGUAUGUUCCCAUUGCCAAUCCCACCAUUCGGUUGCACUAUGCCUACUUCGAAGAAAAGUCCAACCGUGUGGACGUGGCCAAGGAUAUCCACAACGCCAUUUUGAUUGCGUUGCCCAAUCAUGUUGAGACCAUCACUUCGCUUGCCAACCUUUGCCGUCGUCACGGAGGUCUCGAAGCCGCAAUCGAAGUUUACAAGACGCACUUGGAUUCGCCAGAAUGUGAGAUGGCCACCAAGGCUACUCUUGUUGCCGAAUGGGCCCGUCUCUUGUGGAAGAUCAAGGGUGUUCCUGAUGAAGCUCGUAUGGUUUUCCAAGAAAAUCAGCAGUACUACCUCGGCAGCCAUCCUUUCUGGGGUAGCUAUCUAAUGUUUGAAAUUGAUCAGCCCACUAGUGCAACUACUGAGUCCGUUCAGUAUGGGCGCAUCAAGCAGGUCAUUUCCGAUGUUCGAUCCAAGAGCACCCUCUCUGUUGCGGCUGUCAAGGAGCUCGUACAGGUAUACAUGUCUUACCUUCUUGAGCGAGGCAACAAGGACACAGCCGAAGAGUACAUGACACUGGACUGCGAGGUCAACGGACCCGUAUCAGUGGCCUCUGUUCGCACUGGAGGUACUGUCGCUGCUCCUCUUGCUUCUGCAGAGGGACACCCCGCUUCAUUCCCCUUGGUUACCAUCCCAAAUGACCCAGCCGCAGAGCAAUAUGCUUAUUACCAGCAAGCUGCCGUGAACGACACAACAAGCGCCUGA